UGGCGAUAGUUUAAACGAGUUCACUGUUUAUACCUAUUUUUAAAUGAAUAACAUCAUAUAAUUUUCAUUAAAGAACAGGACGUGUUUUGAAUAAUGAUUUUUCUCCAAAACUGACCGACUCCAGAAGCACGAUUCAAAACUUCUAGACUUCAAAAAAUAAAAAAUAAAAUAAUGUUCAAGUUUAAAAUCAACAACAUUAUCCAUACAGUGGAUACCAAUGUACCUCCUGAGACUUCUCUGAAUGAAUAUAUCAGGAAUUAUGCCAAUCUCAAAGGCACCAAAUCCAUGUGUUUGGAAGGGGGCUGCGGUGCUUGCAUAGUUGCCGUCGAAAGACCAAAUCCAAAAACUGGCGAGGAGGAAGUCUUCGCAGUGAACUCGUGUCUCAUGCCCAUAUUUAGUUGCCAUGGGUGGAAUAUCAUCACCAUUGAAGGUAUAGGAAAUAAAAGAGAAGGCUACCAUAAAGUCCAGUCAACUCUGGCUGGCUUUAAUGGUACUCAAUGCGGAUACUGUAGCCCUGGGAUGGUUAUGAAUAUGUUCAGCUUACUCGAAGGAAACGAGGAGGUUAAAAUGAACGAUGUUGAGAAUUCUUUCGGAGGUAAUAUGUGCAGAUGUACCGGAUACAGACCGAUUUUGGAUGCUUUCAAGUCUCUAGCCAGUGAUGCUACUCCAGAGUUGAAGAAAAAAUGUGCAGAUAUUGAAGAUGUUAUGACAGAAUUCAAAAUCUGCUCCAAAACCCAAAAACCUUGCAAUGGCACGUGCAAAAUCAAUGGAUACGACAAGGGUAUUGAUCAAGAGUUACAAACACUCGACAAAUCGAUUUCGAUCGAGUUACAAGGGGCAAGAUGGUUCAGAGUGAAAAACGUCCAAGAAAUUUACGAUAUUUUUGAGAAAAUGGUUCGAGUUGGCACCAAGUACAUGAUUGUGGGUGGAAAUACAGCUCAAGGAGUUCACAGAUCCGAACUUCAAGACAUUUACAUCGAUAUAAAUGGAGUCGACGAAUUACACAAUUAUUCGCUCAAUUCUGAAAAUCUCACCCUAGGAGCCAACAUGUCUCUAACUCAAACAAUGAAAAUACUCAAUGAAAAGGCUACAAAAAAGCCCAAAAAAUUCGGUUACUUGAAAAAACUCACCAAUCACAUCGAUUUAAUAGCCAACGUACCAGUUAGAAAUGUGGCAACCUUGGCUGGUAAUUUAUCGAUUAAACAUUCACAUCGAGAGUUUCCUUCCGAUCUGUAUUUGAUAUUGGAAACUGUUGGAGCUCAAUUGGUGAUAGGUUCUUCAGAUGGGGUAACAUCAACUUAUUCACUGGCACAAUACCUCGAUUUAGAUAUGCGAUGUAAAAUUAUAUUGAAAAUAAUACUGCCAGCAUUGGAUUCUUCUAAUCACGUUUAUACUUCGUAUAAAAUUAUGCAAAGAGCUCAGAAUACCCACGCUUACGUCAACGCUGGAUUCCUCAUCAAAGUCGACAAAACUGCCAAUUACAAAGUCAUCGAUACACCAGCCUUAGUCUAUGGAGGAAUUAAUCCCUAUUUUGUUCAUGCCACAAAAACCGAAAAUUACAUCAGAGAUAAAAGUCUCCUAGACACCAAUGUCUUCAAAGAAGCUUGUAAUAUUCUCAAAUCCGAACUCGAGCCUGAUAAUCACCCCACCGAAGCAUCAGCCGAAUACCGUAAAUCAUUAGCUGUGAAUUUAUUCUACAAGUUCGUGCUCAGUUUAUCACCAGAUUCCAUCUCAGAAAAGUAUCGCAGUGGAGGUUCUCUAUUGACUAGACCACUAUCAUCAGGCAAACAGGAUUUCCAGACUGAUAAAUCUGUGUGGCCUGUGAACAAACCGAUGCCACAAUUAGAUGCUUUUACACAAUGUGCUGGGGAAGCUGAGUACGUCAAUGAUAUCCCAGUUCGAGUGAACGAACUUCACGCAGCCUUUGUAGUAUCUAAAAUAGGCCCAGGGAAAUUGAUAAACAUAGAUACCACUCUCAUAAAGAAUAUGCCCGGUGUAGUGAAAUUCUUAUCCGCAAAGGAUAUCCCAGGAAGAAAUACUUUCGUCGAAGAAUUAAUCACUGAAGAAGACGAACAGCUUUUUGCUGACGAUGAGAUCUUAUAUGCUGGUCAACCUGUGGGCGUAGUUAUCGCUGAAACUCAAACAUUGGCUAACAAAGCAGCUGACCUAGUGAUCGUCAAUAUUCGACAAAUACGUAAACCAGUUUUGGAUCUGAAGGGGAUCGUUGAGUCUGGUGAUCAAAGCAGAGAAAUCAAACGUGUCCAAAAAAACGCCACCAAUGAAAAAAAAGAUCUCAAGCAUAAUAUAAAAGGAUCCUUAUUGAUGGGAGGUCAAUAUCAUUACCAUAUGGAGACUCAAACUUGUUUGUGUGUCCCACUUGAGGAUGGGAUGGAUAUUUACCCUGCUUCUCAAUGGAUUAAGAUGGUCCAGCUCAAUGCAUCUUUAGCUUUAAACAUGCCGCAGAACAGCAUUAACGUGAGCGUGAGACGUUUAGGAGGAGGGUAUGGCGCUAAAUCGAAAAGAUCCACAUUGAUAACAACAGCAUGCGCUGUGGCAGCUUACAAUAUGCAAGUGCCAGUUCGAAUGGUGGCUAAAUUAGAAACAAAUAUGGAAGCAUUCGGUAAACGAUACCCAACGUACGGAAAAUACGAGGUAUCAACUGAUGAAAAAGGUGAAAUCCAACGCAUGGUUAUCGAUAUGUAUACCGACGUCGGAGCCAAAAACAGUCACCCUAUAGAUAAAAUUGUAAUGAUCUAUUAUUCAAAUUGUUACGACUCAUCCACUUGGACAUUCACCCACCAUCUGAUAAGAACUGAUUGUACGACAAAUAUAUAUGUCAGAGGACCAGGCAGCACAGAAGUAAUUGCAUUAAUCGAAUGCAUCAUGGAUCAUAUCGCCAGAGUUAUCGAUGUUGACCCUAUUUUGGUACGAUUGUCGAACACGAAUCCAGAAUUGUACUCAGAUAUAGCACCAAUGAUUGAGGACGUGAAACUCAGUUCUGAUUUAAUAAAUCGUCGAAAGUCUAUCGAAGACUUCAAUAAGGCCAAUCGAUGGAAAAAACGAGGCAUUUCUCUUGUAGCGAUGAAUUAUCCACACUCAGUCUUUAUGCCAUUCCAUAUUCUCAUAUCAAUUUACAUGUACGACGGAUCUGUAGCCGUAAGCCACGGAGGCAUUGAGAUGGGGCAGGGUGUUAAUACCAAAGUUGCUCAAGCUAUAGCAUACAGUCUAGGAAUCGAUGUAAAUAUGAUUAAAAUCAAAGCUUCGACAUCUUUAACCAGCCCAAAUAAUGGGAAAACUGGAGCUAGUAUGGCUAGUGAUGGUGUUACUUACGCUGCUUUGCAGUGUUGUAAAAUAUUACUCGCCAGACUCGAACCUGUAAAGCAAAAAAAUCCAGGUAAAACGUGGCCCGAAUUGAUCGCAGCAGCUGCUGCUGAAAAUGUCGAUCUGUUGUGCGAAUAUAUGUAUUCCCCUUCAGAAAACAUCAACUACAACAUUUAUGGCGCCGCCGUCUCCGAAGUUGAAGUUGAUCUGCUCACUGGGCAAUAUUUGAUCACCAGAGUAGAUUUACUCGAAGAUGUAGGUCAAAGCUUGAGUCCUACUGUAGAUCUAGGUCAAAUUGAAGGCGCCUAUGUCAUGGGUUUAGGUUACUGGUUAAAUGAAAAAUUAAUUUUCGACCAAAAUACCGGAGCUUUGUUGACUAAUCGUACAUGGAACUACACGAUUCCAGGAGCCAAAGAUAUUCCAGUCGAGUUCAGAGUUUAUUUCCGAAGAAACGCUCCAAAUCCAUUUGGUGUUCUGAGAGCGAAAAACACAGGGGAGCCUCCUUUAUGCUUAAGCAUAGGCGUGGUAUUUGCAAUUCGAAAUGCGUUACAGUCUGGAAGAGAAGAUGCAGGGUCGAAAGAUCCUUGGUUUCAGAUAAACUUGCCUUACACACCAGAAAACGUACUUCUCAGCUCGAUGACGUCCGUGGAUCAAUUCGCCCUAUAAACACUCGUAUUUACAUCAUACAACCAUACUGCACAGCGCAGCUCACACAUAUCCAUCCACCAUAAUAUUCGUACAUUUUACGCAUUUUUCAGCAUAAUAAAACGUCUUCCACGUGCAA